UGUCUACAUACCAAGCCGUAUUUGAUAUUUUUCUUUGAUUAAUUUUUUUUUUUUUUGGUAUAAGCCUUUGUCGUUCACGUUCUUCACUUACUGCGUUCCCCAUGGCUGAAGGUGCAGUUACUAAACCAGCGGCUUCGGAUCAAGAUGGAGAUCUUUCAUAUACGAUUACCCUACCGGACGGUCGAAAGCUGGGCUAUGCAGUGUAUGGUUCGCCAGAAGGCAAGCCAAUAUUACUUCACCAUGGACUAGCCGGAUCGCGUCUUGAUGGCGCAGCGUUCCAUGGCCUUGGAAAAGAACUGAACGCCCGCAUCAUUGGCAUCGACAGGCCCGGAAUGGGGUUGAGCACUGCGCAACCAAACCGGACGCUCCUUGGAUUCGCAAAGGACGUAGAGCAUCUUACAAACUAUCUAAAACUGGACAAGUACGCCGUCAUGGGGAUAUCAGGCGGCGGCCCAUCGACGCUGGCAUGUGCCAAAGCCCUGCCUGCUACACAACUCAAAGCCGUCGCCGUCGUCGUCGGCCUUGGCCCACCGGACAUCGGCAUGAGCGGAGCCCGGAUCAUCAACCGCAUCGGUUUCCCGUACGGCUUCCGCUACUGCCCUUCGUUCCUGAAUCGGUGGUUCUGGAGACGCGACGCCAUCGGCCGUGUAGAUCUGACCGACGAGGAGCGGCUCCAUAUGGUGUUGGACGCGACCGAGAAGGCAAAGGGCACCAUGCCCGCUAAAGACGUUGCAGUCACGAGCGACGUCAACUUUCAUCGCACGUACUUGAGGUCCACGAGGGAGGCAUUCGCGCAGGGGUACGACGGCGUCUUAACGGACGCAAAGCUGUGCUGCCGACCCUUCGGUUUCAGGCUUGAGGAUUUCGGAGACGACCUGCCCAUACAUCUGUGGUAUGGCAGGCAGGAUGUUUUUGUUCCGCCCAUCCACGGCGUGGAGAUGGCGAAACGGCUAGGAAGUAGAGCAACGCUAAGACUCGAGGAUGAGACACACAUCAGCCUUCCAACCAACUACGGACGCGAGAUUUUAGAAGCGCUGCUUAAAACUAUGUGACGUCCCGCGUUGAACUGGCCUUUGAACAAUCGUCGAAUCCCAGCUUAGAUUUCUGGGAGUCUAGUCUCUUGCGAUAUCCAUCACCGCUUUGUUCAUGUUUUAAAAAAACAGAUCUUGCUCUUCUCUCAUGAAUAACUUACAGAACCUAGUCACAUGAUCGUAACGUGGCGAGACUUGCGCAUGGCUUUGAACGCUCAAUGAUAUUGGAAACGUGGCAAACUGUGCUUUGAAAAGAAAAAUAUCAUCUACUUUUGCUGUCAUGUUGCAGU